AUGGGAGACAAAAAGAGCCCCACAAGGCCAAAGCGGCAAACCAAGCCCUUCACCGACGAUGGGUACUGGGACUGCAGCGUGUGCACGUUCAGGAACACCGCCGAGGCGUUUAAGUGCAUGAUGUGUGAUGUCAGAAAGGGAACGUCAACUCGAAAGCCACGGCCUGUUUCACAGCUGGUUGCGCAGCAGGUAAAUCAGCAAUUUGCACCACCCACACAUCCCAAAAAGGAGAAGAGGGAAAAAUCAGAGAAGGACAAAAGUGACAAAGAGCCCACAUUGAAAAAGAAAAGUUAUAAAAAGAUGAGGCCCAGGUUAAAAAACGUCGACAGGAGCAGCGCUCAGCAUUUGGAGGUCACAGUUGGCGAUUUGACUGUAAUUAUCACAGACUUUAAGGAGAAAGCCAAACCCACAUCUACUUCAGCUAGCAUUGCCUCGGCAGACCAACACAGUCAAAGUGGCUCCAGCUCUGAUAACACUGAACGCGGGGUGUCCAGAUGCUCCUCGCCCCACGGGGAGGGCUCCUCGGUUAAUGGAGAGACUCACUAAAAGCUCACACGUCAAAUCAGCACAACCCCUUCUUCUGCACUCCAAACAGCCUCAACCAGAGAUUAAACUGCAACAUGCACAUUUUCUGAAAUGAUACUUUAAAGGCAACAUAAGAGAUGGUGUAAUUUGGGGUUGAAUUUUUCACUGCCUCCCAUUAUUGAUGUCAGGAUGUGUUCCUAAUUCAAAGGAUUCCAGCAGCAAAAUCUUUCACGAUGGACUAAAAUAAAAAAACCACAACCGUUGCAUUAAAUCCUGGAUGUAGGCAUCACAUUCAGGUGCUCCUUACUGCACAAAAGGAAGGAUGGAUUAAGAAAGAAAUGUGAAUUAGUCAUCUCAGAAUUUUUAUUCUAAAAAUGUGUUCUUGUUACUUGCACUUAAUGGCAUCCUGUGUUCAUGAUGACAACUUUAGCAUUAUUUCCAUUUUACCAUUAUAACACUGUUGGUUACUGGCCGUUUUCAGCUCAUUUUAUGUCAUUUGAUGCAAUAACUGUUCUUUUUUCUUGUUUUAUGUGUCUUUUUUGUUUUUUUUACUGUCUUAACGUGUGAAUACAAAUAUUGAUCAGUCAUACUAUGUUAGCUUUGCCGUCACAUGGUAGAGUCAAGCAUGAUUCAGUCUAUAGAAUUGUUUAUAUUCUAAAAUUAUUAAUAAAAUAAGUUGUAGAUACUUGGAGGUUUCUUUUUUAAUUUUUUUUUUGUAAGAUUUUAUUUAUUUUUUAAUGAUUAAAAACUA